GGCGGGACCAGAGGCGGGCCAGCUGCGGAAGAUGGCGGCGCGGAGCGUAGCGCUGGUGCGGCGGCUGGGCGGCUGGUGCGGCGGCUCCGGGGCCGGGCUCCGGGUCCUGGUCCCCCGCCGGGACCUGGGACACUCCCCCCGUGACGGGGCUGCAGCGGCGGCGGCCACCGCCCUGACCCAGGAGCCCGGCCUCGGCCUCGGCGUCGGACACGGGGACGCCCCGCACCCCGAGGUCAACCUGUUCGACAAGAACCCGGAAUACCAUGGCUUCAGCGCAGACCCGGUGGUGGACGUGUGGAACAUGAGGCUGGCGUUCUUCUGUGGCAUAUCCCUGGCCAUCGUGGUGGGCUCGGUCUUCGUGUACUACCUGCCGGACCGAGGGAUGCGGCAGUGGGCGAGGAGGGAGGCAGAGCGCCAGCUGAAGCAGAGGGAGGCCGAGGGGCUCCCGGCGAUCGGCGUGAACUACUUCAACCCGGACAGGAUAACCCUCCCUCCCGAGGGCGAGGAAUGAGGGGCCAGCUCACCACCCCCAGCACCCCCACCCUUGAUCACCACGGGCUUACGGAUCCGACUCACCUGUGUGAAACUGUUGACAAUAAAGUGUUCAAUUAUCUCA